GCUACAGGUCCUGAGCAGCACAGCCCGCGGGCACCCACGCUGAUCGGGUCAUGGAGGCAGGUCCCGACGCCAAGACAGGCGAUAGCCCCGCAGGCCGGGAGGACCCCCCAGCCGCCGAGGAGCAGCGCGGCGCCGCGCAGCCAUCGCUCCCGCAGCUCCCGCGCCGCCCGCAGCUGCUGGAAGAAGACGCGGGGCCGGAGGAAGAUCCGGCGGAGGCCGCAGAAAGCAGCGAGCCAGCCCGGGGGGACCCAGAGCCCGCGACUGCGUCCGGCGAGGCGGGUCCCGGUCCCAAGGCUACUGGCGGUACUGUUCCGCCCAUCGGCUUCGUAGGCGAGCCUCCACCCUACGCGCCGCCGGACCCCAAGGCAGUGGCGCUGCUCUAUCCGCCCUUCCCGCAGGUGCCGGUGCUGUUCCAGCCCGCGCCGGGGCCCGCCGCCCUCUACCCUCCAGCUCCCGGCCCACUUUUCCCACCCCCUGGCGGAGCCUCCUUCCCUUUCCCCACGUAUGGCAGCCCCGUGGCUGGCGGGCCUGCUCCCAUGCAAGUGGAGCACAGGCCUCUGCCCAAGGACUUCAUGAUGGAGUCGGUGCUGGUGACCCUGUUCUGUUGCCUGCUCACAGGGCUGAUUGCCAUUGUCUACUCCCACGAGACUCGAGCAGCCCUGGGUCGAGGUGACCUGGCCCAGGCAGAGGAAGCCUCAAGGAAGGCUCGCUCACUUGUGCUCUUCAGCCUGCUCUUCGGGGUCUUCGUGUCUACCAGCUGGGUCAUCUACGUGGUGGUGGCCCUCUACCUUCCCUGAGGCCCUGGACUUACAGGCUAGGCUGUGCCCUUUCUGGGGACCCUGGUCCCCACUGUAGUAGCCAGCUGCUGCUCACACAGGGCAAAGGGGAGGUGGGCUCAGAAGCCCUGUCCAUGAGGCCUUGGGUGGGAUCCACGUACAGCCUGGAAGUCUUCCUGGGAAGUCUGCCUUCACCUUUACUCCUGGAGAACACCGAAGACUAAAGCUCUCACUGUCUCCAGAACCUUCUGGAAGGACAUGGCUACCUCCAGCACAGGGAUCUGGCUGCAGUCAAUAUGCACUCUCCCUGGGAGUUCCUGCCUGGUCUUACACCCUGCCCAUGCUGGGAGAGGCCAGGACAACUAUGUGUGUAACAAAAGGUGGCAGAACUUCCUGCCAUUACUUCAGGACCCAGCUUUUUGUCUUCCAUCUCUGUGCAGUCGAGUCCCAGGACUAUUGCUGCCCUCUUCUCUUUACUGCUCUACUGGCCCGGUCUGAGGGUUUUGGCUUUGGCCUCUCCUUGCCCUCUCAUUCUGUCUUUACAGUCACAGCUGCAAAUAGGUGAGGCGGGAUGUGUUGGCCGACUGAGUGCAUGUGCAAUGGCUGUGUUCAUUCCUGGCAUCACGCAGAGGGGGGUGGUGCUGCAUACUUGUACUCCUAAACCUUGAGCAGAAGGAACAGAAGUUCAGGUCAUCUUGGCUACACAGGAGCUAAAGGAGUCCUCUCAGGCCAGUAUGAGACACCCGCAGAACAAAUCCCAGCUGUCCUCACAUGCUCUGGGGUCAAGUCUGGCUGGCUGUGAGAAAGACUGUGCCACAGGGGUUCCCUCUGUGAGAUGGGCACGAGGAAGGACUGUAAAGCGAACAGCUCCCAUGCUGGCCGACCUUCCCUUCAGGCCCUGCUGUCUGCAGCCACAGCCCCUGGAGCCCUAGGGACAGCCCCAGAGCCUCCUUUAGGGGCAGAGAUGGAAUACGGAAGUCAACGGUGAGCAGCACGGAGAUGCAGGACACAGGGCUGUUCUGGAAUUGGACCUUUGAAGUGCAUGGCAGCCAUAAAGAGGAGAAAAGAUUUGGGGUGGAGUCUGGUAGAUGCCUCAAAAGUACAUCAUAGCACCCACCAGCCAACCACCAUUCUCACACACCUUUUAAAUAAAUCACUGUGAACCAGG